AUGAAUGUGCCUCUUGCAACACAAGUGUUUGGUCAUGAAGUAUCAGUUGCAAUGGCUCAUUACCAAUCUGUUUGCGACAAAUUAAAAGAUUCUACACCAACGCAAAAAUUUAUUGAUGUUGUUUAUAAAUUAAUAAAAGCUAUGUCAUCACGCGAGCCAAAAAAAGCUCUGUAUGUGAAGGAAGAUUGCUGUCAAAAACAAGCAAUUUUGGAUUUCUUACAAUUUCUUGAAGAUUGGGAGAAAGAAGAAAAAUAA